UGUUUACACUAAAUAGAAAGAAAACAAACCUGAAAUAUGUACAUUUCUCAUUAAAUACUUUAAUUAAUCUUAAUUGUUAGUAGUUUAAAGUUAUUUAUCCGCAAGUGAAAAGCUUAUAAUACAAACCUUAUAAAUGCCUUCCGAGUUUGAGGAAAUAAAGCGGCUUUUUAAUAAUAAUCAGCUGCUGCCUUUAUCAGAUGAGUGGUUAGAGGGCUGUAUAGAAUGGUGCAAAGAAAAUCUACCUCUAAAUUAUUCUUUAAAUGAUCUUUAUAAAGUGGUUUUGGAGCAGUGGUUGGUAUUAGAUUUAAGAGACAUUGAAACGCCUUCUUUGCCUCCGCAAAUAUCAGCGAAAACUAAAUACACCCUUACAGGCGUUUUCUGUGUGCAAGUAAUGCAAGUGAUGGACAUUUCCAAACCAAAACUCUGGCAAAUUCAAAGGAUUAGAAAUAAUGUGGCCAAAAAUACUGAUGCUGAAUCAGACUUUGGUAAAAGGGUCCUUCAAUUGACUUUAAGCGAUGGUGUUCAAGAAGUUGAAGCUAUGGAGUUUAAACCAAUCCCGUGUAUCAGCAUUAAUCUGACUCCUGGUACCAAGCUAAAGCUUAUGGGUCCCAUAAUGGUCAGAAAAGGGAGAAUUAUGUUAGAAGAACGAAAUAUUAAGUGUCUUGGUGGGUCUGUUGAUGAUUUAGUGAUAAAAAACGCAGCAGAAAACGUCUUGGCAAGGGCAUUGGGCCUGGAGGAAAAUCCCAAUCCGUUCAGAAUAGACGAAGCAGCUCUGGAGGUGCAAACCGAAAACAAUACUACUCGACAAGCAACUCAGCUCAUACAAAACAUUAACCCAAGUAUUCGCAAUAGCGUUACAAAUCCACCACACCGAACUCAAAUACCCACAAUAAAUGAAGAUAUUCCUCCGGAAUUUAUGGUGGAUGAUGAUCUGUUAAGAGAACUCGAAACCCAUUUUGAGGAAGAAUCCGUAGCAAACCAGAAUAUUCAAUCUCGCAAUAUAAAAAACAAAAGUAGCAUUGCCAACCACAACAGUUUGGGCACACGAUGUUUAUCUCCAGAUAUUUUUGACGUAAACGAAGAUGAUGAUGAGUUAUUAAAUCAGCAUUUAGACCUUAUAGAAAAUAACACAAUUAACCGAGUGACACAACCCAAACCAGGUGAAAUUAUAACUCUAGAUGACUCUUUUGAUAAUAUAGAUAUAGACUCUCAUUUAGACAACAUCGAUGAGGAAAUGGCUAAUAUGCCCUGCAGUACUCAGAAAAUUGAAACUUUCAAAAGAAAUAUUAAAAGCCCCACAUUAGUUAAGACGCCAAAGUUAAGUCUUUCAAAACCUUUACCUCAAAAAAAGAUGACCCAAAGCAAAUUAAAUUUCGGAUGUAAUAAAUUACCUAAAUUUGACAAAGAACAUGACGAUGAUGAUUUUGAAACUCCAUUUUCUGGGGUUAGUACUACUAAUCAUAAAGGUACAGAUCUGUUUAAAAAACCAUGUAAUAGUAAAAAUACAACUGAAAUAAAGUCAAAGAUUCUUAAUAGCUCAGUUUGUUUAAGUUCCUUGCAUAAACAAACAGUUGGAAGAUCUUCGAUUCCGGUGCAGCCAACCUCAACGGAACAAAGUCGAAAAUUAAAUAUAAUUACCAUAGAAAAAUUGAACUCUUUGAUACCUAACAUGAGCAAAGGUAAUUUUAAGCUUAAGGUUAAGUUUAUGUCGUCAGCAGAAAGGCUUAAAUUGACCACGCAGGGAUUUUACUUGAUAAUGAAAGUUGAGGAUAGCACGGGAGUUUUGGCGGUUGAAUUAGAUCCGGGUCUUGCGGAAAAUUUGGCGGGCAUGAGCGCUGAGAGGCUUAAACAGUUAAGAAUGGAUGCGUAUCAUCAAGACAUUGCAGCUAGGAAUGAGAUUAGACAGGCCUUAUCGAAUAUAAUGGAUAAAAUUAAACGACUGAACAAUGUUGUGGAAGUACAAGUUAUAAGAGGGGAGAAAUAUCCAAUUUUAACAAAGAUUUUAGAUGUAACGUGAGUGUUUAAUUAAUUUAUAGUAAUUAAAACAAAACUGUUAAACUAUUUUGUAUUUAUUUUAUUUAAUCGUUACAGGUUGACUAUUAAAAUUAUUGUGAUUUA